GGCAGGGGGGGUGUGUGUGUGGAAAAUAACCCGUUUCUUUUAGAACCACCGACAAAUUCACCGGCUGUAAACCUCAGCCUCACAGCGAGGAGGGAAAGGGACGUCCUGGAAAUAUCUGGAAUCUCUACAUCGAGCAGUGUCGAAGCAAAUUAAAAGAAGGAAAAAUGGACUCUGGAUACUGGAAUUACGGAAAUUAUGGAUCUCUGGAUAGAUAUGGAACCGUACCUGGGAGAUCAACAUAUUUGAGGAAAUCCUUUGCCCCGCAUCGAUCCUCGCUGAGGGGUGAGAGAGAGAUGUUCUCGAAGAGACCAGGCCAACAGGUCCCUUAUGUUCUGCAGGAUUUCACUAAUCAGUGGGAAGUUCAAUCCAGGGCUUCCCCUGACCCAUGGGAAUCUGGUCCGUUCAGCAAAACAAAGAAGGUCAAAGAGAUGUGUUGCGAGGAGUUCGACGAGAGACUGGCUCGGGAGGACUUGGAAGGUUGGGAGGUGAAUGAGACACUGGAGAGGUAUUACAGAGAGAGGGAAAGGAGACAGAGGCAGGAGGAGAAAGAAGAUUAUCUGAAUAUCAACAGAGCUUGGGGUUUCCCAGAGCAAGUGAAGAGACAACCGAGGAAUAAGCAGAAACUAACUAAAAGACCCCUACCUCUGCUGUCGGAGUCGUUCUACGAGGAUUGGGAGCCACUGUAUUCAAGGGACUUCUCCCAAUUGCCCCCCGCAAACCAAUACAGGCAGCGAGAGGUGGCUGCUCAUUGCAAAGACCAGUGGAUGAAGUUCCUGUCCCUCACGGGGAUGCCUAUGGUCUAUCAGACGUCAGACUGCCCGGCCGGCUCAGGAAAACCCAACCGGAAACGAGAACGUUUCCUCCCAAUAGAUUUGAGGGCAAAGGUUACAUGCAGCGACCUCCAAAGCCUCCGAGCUACGAAAUGUUCCUGCAGAUGA